UGGCUAAAAAAAAAAAAAAUUAAUUCAAACAUAUUUUCUUCCUUUGUACACAAUGCUUUAAUGUUCUCUCCACAAGAGGACACCAUCCUCCUCCUCUUCUUCCCCAAUUUGACUCGGGUUCUUCUCCACGUUGAACCCGACCUUUCCCUCGUCGCCGUCCUGUUAACGACGGCGAGCAAAAUCUCCUCUAUACGCUAUCAAGAUUUGUCACCAUUUUAUUAAAUUCCACAAAUUUUCAAAAUGGGAGCCUUAAAACCAUUUCAACUCUUGGAAAUAAACAUUAUUUCCGCCCAAGAUUUGCAACCUAUUUCCAAGAAAAUGAAAACCUACGCCACCGUUUGGGUUCACCCUACACGGAAACUAACCACCGCCGUUGACGUCGAAGGCGGCAACAACCCUACGUGGAACGAUAAAUUUGUUUUUCGGGUAGAUGAAGAAUUUCUCCGGCAAGACACCUCAGCUGUACAAAUUGAGAUUCAUUGUGUCCAUUGGUUUAAGGAUUCUGUUGUCGGCUCCGUUCGUGUCCUCGUCGGAAAUCUCAUCCCUCCGCCGCCUCGGCCGCACCAUAAUCACCAUCAUCAUUUUGGCAUGCGUUUUGUUGCACUUCAGGUACGUCGUCCAUCUGGACGACCUCAGGGGAUAUUGAACAUUGGUGUUGCAUUACUAGAUAGUACUAUGAGAAGUAUGCCAUUGUACACUGAACUAAACAAGUCAGCUGUUGGAUAUCGAGAUUUGAUGGAAGAAGAACAGCUCUCUCAACAUAACCAAAAACCAAAUGGCGAUAAAAGCAACAACAACAACAAUAACAAUAACAAUAAUAGUAACAGUAAUAAUAACAACAACAACAACAACAAGGUGACUACUAUUAAACCAAUAUUGCUACGAACAAAGAGUGAACGUAGCGAACGUGUCAAGUUCGAUGAUGUUUCAAAGGCUAAUAGUUCAGUAGUUGCAGUUCCCUCAAAAGUGAAGAGGGCAUAUGAUAAAGAAAGCUCAAUUCUUAGUAUUUCUUUGGAACCUCCACCUCAAAUGAUGGUGAAAAAGAAAGGCAAGGCAAGUUCUGUGAUUAGUGGUGCAGAGUUAAAAGAGAAAUCAAAGCCCAAAGGUAAGAAAGGUAAAGCAGGCUCAGUUCUAAGUGAUUCAAUUAUGAGCAAAGAGUCAUCUAUUUAUAAUGGGUCCAAAGAAGAAAAGCCCAAACUCAAACUCAUAGCUUUAGAGCUUGAGAACAAAGAGAAGCCCACAAAUGAAAAGAAGCCUACCAAUGACUCAUCAACAACUAAAGUAGUUGAUGAAAAAUCUAUUACAAAGCCCAAAGGGUUGGAUGCUAGUGGUAAACAAGAUGAGCCCAAAGAGCCCAUAACAGUAAUAGGAAAGCCCAUUCCAAAAUAUAGUGGAUAUGAAUUUGGAGGCCCAAAAGGGUCAGGACACAAUGGGAAAUUUGUAUUUGGAGGCCCAAUUAAAGGAAAUACUCAUCAUUGGACUGACUCAGAAAUUGGGCCCUCAGCAUCCGAGGUCGCGGCAGCCGUAGCUGAAAAGAAAUAUCCAUUGGAGGAUCAAAAGAGCUCAGUUUUGGAUGGUUGGAGUUUGGAUGAGAGCACUGAAGGGCUUAGGUCUAAGCUCGAGAGGUGGCGAAUGGAGUUGCCGCCAGUAUAUGACCGUGGGCACACCUCGACUAGCUACCAUUCGACCGGCCGUCACACGAGAAGGCACACACAUGGGUCAAGUGGAUUGUUUUCUUGUUUUGGUAACAUAAUGGGGUAUGAAUGUCAAUGCAUUUGUGGUAAGCCCAAAAGGAAAUAUAGCACAAGGUUCUAUAGCCCAUCAGUUGGCAGCAGAUCAUGGUUUUGAAAAAGCCCAAACCAGCUCAAUUUUUUAAGGCCCAAGUUGUAUAACUAUGAAGCAAAGCCCAUUUCCGUCCAGUUGCUGAUCAAACAUGCUUUUGAAUUCUUGGGCUAUUCUUACUCAGGUCACUUUUCGCAUGUACUUGUUUAUUAUUUUCGGUCAGAUUCAGAAUUUUCGUCAAUAUAUAAUACUGCUGUUUCAAUGCAUUUCAAACUUAACACUAAUAUUUUUAUUUAAUGUAUUUUUUUAACUAAAUA